AUGGCCUCCCUUCCAAAGACCAUGAAGGCUCUCCGAUAUGAGAAGCCAGAAGUAUGGGGUAUCGUCGAGGUUCCUCUACCCACCUUACGGCCCGGUGACGUCCUGAUCAAGGCCUGCGGUGUUUGCGGUACUGAUUUACACAUCCACGAGGGAGAAUUCAUUGCCAAGUUCCCUCUAAUCCCUGGCCACGAGACCGUCGGCGAGGUUGUCGCAAUUGCCGAUGAUGUUAAGGAAUUCAAAAUCGGAGAUCGUGUUGCUGCGGAUAACUCAGAGCUCUGCGGUCACUGCUUCUACUGCCGAAGAGGCCAAGAACUUCUCUGCGAGGACUUCAAGUCACACGGUGUCCUAGGAUUGGACGGCGGUUUCGCCGAAUACACCUCUUACCCCCAAGGUAAACUCUUCAAAAUCCACAACCUCAGCGAUGUCGAUGCCACCUUAAUCGAACCCGCCUCCUGCGCCAUGCACGGUCUAGAGAAGAUCGCCCCGAAGGCUGGAUCCCAUGCCUUGUUGAUUGGAGCUGGUCCUACCGGUCUCAUGAUGGCUCAAUUCCUACGUCAGAAUGGUGUUUCGCAAUUAACUAUUGCUGCCCCCGAAGGUUCCAAGAUGGAAUUAGCCAAGAGUCUCGAUGCCGCCGAUUUCUAUGUUCCUCUCUCUAGGUCAAACGCCGCACCCCAAUUUGAACAAAUCAAGAAGGACAACCCAUAUGGUUUCGACAUUGUUGUGGAAGCCAGCGGAAGCUCCAAGGUUCUCGAGGAUGCCAUCAACUACGUUCGCCGUGGAGGCAAGCUUGUCUGCUACGGCGUCUACCCCAGUUCCGCUCGCGUCUCUUGGCCCCCAGCCAAGAUUUUCGGUGAUGAAAUUACCAUCAUCGGCUCCUUCUCCGAGACCUACAUGUUCCCAUCCACUGUUGACUACUUAGAUAGCGGCAAGGUCAAGACCAAGGGUAUCGUCAACAAGACCUUCAAGCUUGAGCAGUGGGGCGAAGCUCUUGAGAGCAUCCGAAACAAGUCUGCCAUCAAGGCUGCUAUUGUUUUUGACUAA